AUGGCCUCCACCGAUCCGGCAACCAUCCCCCCCGAAGUCAUCGAGUUUGCGUCUCGGAUGUAUAAUGCAGCACGCGCCGGCGACAAAGAUGUAUUCGAACAGGCAUUACCAAGAGGACUUCCACCUAACAUGACCAACGAGAAGGGUGAUACUCUUCUCAUGCUUGCGGCAUAUCAUGGACAUGCCGAUCUUGUCAAGCUGCUUAUUCAACACGGCGCCGACCCAAAUAGGAUAAACGACAGAGGUCAAAGCCCCCUAGCCGGCGCUGUUUUCAAGAAGGAGGAUGCUACAUUGCUAGAAGGCGGCGCCGACCCAGAUCACGGCUCGCCUUCUGCGCUAGCGUGCCUGGCCAUGUUCCAACAGCAGGAUAAAUGGGGAGCUAAAUUUGAAGGGGCGCCCGGGAAAGGAAAGGCUGGGAAACCAACUUCUGAAUAA